CGACAAUCGGCUGUUGUUCGCUGGACACAUCGAGGUCAAUAUCGUAGACGAUGACCAAGGAUAGCGACAGCAUCUCUUUCAGCUCUUCUUCCAAGCGCAAAGUGAAGGACGACGAUGAAGCAAUGUCAUCUUCGAAGAAGCGAACCAGAGUCAGUUUUUCUUGCGGGGAAUGUCACCGACGAAAGCAACGUUGUGAUAGAAACAUCCCUUGCACACAUUGCGUCGCUCGGAAGGUCCCGGAGCUAUGCAAACCAUACAUGCCCGGGAAGUCUGACCAGGACGUCUCGGCUCGCCUGGCUCGCGUCGAACGUAUACUCGAGAUUGCUUUGCCUCAGUUCUCGGAUGGCCACUCUUACCGCUCAGCGUCCAUUGAAGCAGGCCACAUCCACCACGACGAGGACAGCGGCUCCCUUCCCGAUGAUCAAGACCCUCGAGGUGGAACGUUUCAAAGUGGGAAGUGGUAUGGAAAUAGCGCCUCGGGAAGCAUUGCACCCGGCUCUGUGCUCGAACAGCUUGAGCACGUCGUUGCACCCGCUGCGGGAGACCAGUCGAAGGCUGAUGGGCGGACGUAUGAUAUGACUUUGCCUCCUCCCGGGCCGUCCGACGCACUUCUUAUCGCUGUUCAGGAUGGUCUCGAACCUUCCGCGGCAGACAACCUCAAGACUCUGGUACAAGAAUGCGGAGUUUCGCCGCAUAAGGUUGCCGAGUUACUCCAGGAACUUCCACCGACUAGAACGUCCACCGCAUUGGUGGAUUAUUAUUUCCGACACAUCAACUGGACACGAUAUCCGAUCUCCGAGAAAGACUUUCGAGCAUCUUACGACUCGAUACGCGACCACGGCAUGAAUGGGGUCAACGCUCCAAAUGACAUCAGUUUCUUGCCACUACUUUUCAUGGUGCUAGCCAUAUCUGUCCGGUUAGUGCCAGAGAGUAUUGGAGGAGACGCCCGCACUCGCCGUGUCACGUCUCUGCGUUACUACUGGUCUUCACGCCGUUCGCUGCUGAUCGCUGCUGUCAUUCAGCCCGAUUCGCUGCACAUCGUUCUCACACGACUUCUGAGUGCCCGAUUUCUGACGUUCGAUCGGCGUAUCACGGAAUGCUACUCCCAGCUGGGUGCAGCAGUGAAGACAGCACAGGCACUUGGCAUGCACCGGGAUGGGCAGAGCAUACUGGACCCCAGUGUCAUAGAAUAUCGGAGACGGAUCUGGUCCUAUCUCUACCAUGCGGACCGAUCUUAUGCAUUAGUUCUUGGCCGGCCCAACUCUAUCUCUGACGAAUACACGUCCACCCUGCCUCCUUCCAACAUCGAUGAUGACUCCCCCACCCCGCGCAUGGCGAUGCCUCUAUCCAAUCCUACCAAAAUCACUUAUGUUAUUUUGAGGCAUCAGCUCGGGGCCAUCAUUGGGAGGAUGGUUCAUCAUUUCCAGCAAGUCCGCAGCGGAAGUCUUUAUUCAGAAGCUAUGGCUAUCGACGACGACCUGCUCCAUUACAUGACCAGCCUUCCGCCCCACUACUCGCUAGACCCCGACCGUUCUCUGGACGAGGCAAUGCCGUUUAUCCCUGUCCACAGAUUCCUUUUGGUCACUGAAGUCUUGUUCGUGCGAAACAGUCUGCACAUGCCAUACAUUCUGCGAAAGCUCAAUAGCGAAGGCCGUUAUGCUCGCUCUCGGGCAGCUUGCUUCGAGUCUGCUAUCAAGGAUUUCGAUGUCCGACUCGCUUUCCAGAAGACCGUGCCCAAGGAGACCCUCGAAUCGCUUUCCAACGCAUAUCGAGCAUUCCAAACGACUCUAAUUGCAGGCAUCUACCUUGUUCUCGACCCUGUGGGCGUUCACUCGGAAAAAAUGCACGAAAUUGUGGAUCAUUUCGUCUCCUACCACGACCAAAUCAAAGAAUUAGAUGAGACGACUCGGAGAGAGCUCAAAACAAUUGAGUUCCUGAGGAAUAAAGCCGCCCAAAUCCAGAAACAAUCAGGAGGCACUCGUCGUAUUCCAAUCGAUCCUGUGCUGGCCAACGACAGUGCCGAGCAUCCUGCUCAUCUCCUUCUGGGACUGCAGCAUUCCGCUCCAGCUUCUGCUGGAGCUAGACCUGUGAAUCGGCUACCUCACUCGUCGUCCACUUACCACCACCGUCUCCACCAUCCCUCCAAAGACGAUUUUCCGGCGUCGCCUGUUACCUCGGGAAGCUCCGAGGAAGAGGCUGCCCAGGCUUUACUGGAUCACUGGUGCACCACGAUGAACAAUGGACCACCGAUGGAUGGAGCCAAUCCAGCGAUCACUCCCUCCUGGAUGCCUGGCAGCUCAGACCUAUCCGGAUGGGUCGGCACGGCGCCCAUGGUAGCCUCUUCCCUGCCCAGGACAAUAUCUGCGUUCGCAGAGGAUGCCGAUUGGAACGCUCAGUACUGGGAGACUCUCGUCAGCCAGAUUCAGCGACCCUAGAUUCUGAUUCUUGUAUUGCAUAGAAAUGUACUAUUGCGUCUGUCUGUGUUCUUGCACGCACCAGCAUCGCAGCCCUUAGAACUCCCGUCCGUCAUUCUACUUGGCAAAUUAGUUAUAUUAUCAGCAUUAGUUAUAGGCGGACUGAGACGUGAUAAUUCUACUUUGCAAAUUCACUCUUUCAUGACCAUUAGUGA